UAGUCUGCCAACUCCAUCAUGGGCUGUUGUGGAGAACCUGUCGAGAAGUCGAUGCCUGAGGAGGGUAACAGAGUCAAUCCGUUCACGACAGGCAGCCCCGUUAGCCAGCAGCCCAGUCCGCAGAGCGCCCUUCAAUGGCAGGAGAAGGCUCUAAAUCUACCCACUCUUGCGACGCCCCAGCCCGUGCUGCACUAUGACCAACCUGCCGCGGUGCAGCAGAUAUUUGGACAGCCAAACCAGUUUGGUCCGCACGGCUCAAUUAGCCUCAACGAUUCGACGUUUCAAUCGAGCUUUGCUCCGACUACGCCAUCGCCACCCCCUCAGGGUGCCUUCUCUCAUAUCCAGAUACCUUCGCUCGCCCAUCCAGCUGCAGUCUACGCGGUGGGUAACGGAAUGACAGUCAGUGGGAGAAGGACGGCUUCCUCUCCGGCACAGCAAGCCUUCUCGCCUCCGCCAGCCGAUGAAGGCAAACUAUCCAUUGCUAUCGACUUCGGUACGACAUUCUCGGGCGUGGCAUAUGGGUCAUCACGUAUCGCAAACGGCAAGAUCCAGCAGAUUCUGAACUGGCCAGGCUCCUUUGAGACAUUCAGAAAGAUACCCACAUGCCUCUUGUAUGACGAGCGUGGACAAGUCGCCGCGUGGGGACUUCAAGCCAAGACAGCUAGUCCUCAGCCUGGUGCAACAAAGUGUGAAUGGUUCAAGCUGUUCCUGGAACCGCACGCGUUGCGUGAUGAGCAUGCUGUGGACCCGCGGCUUCCAUCCCUUCCUCUUGGGAAACAAGCUUUGGACCUCAUUGUUGAUUUCCUCCGUUGCCUUUGGGAAUAUGCCAAACAGCAGAUCACGCGCGAGAUCGGUGCUGUCGCAGACCUCGACUCGGCGGACGUUUGGCUUACGGUUCCAGCGGCAUGGGAUGCGCGUGGCUGUCAGAUAAUGCGCGACGCGGCUAUCGCUGCAGGGCUCGUGUACUCUUCUCGUGCCGGCGACACAACCUGGCGAGACCGCCUUAGGAUUAUUACCGAGCCCGAGGCUGCCGCGGUGCACUGCGCUAGCCUUACGGACUUGCAUAAGCUGCGGCCAAGCCAGAAUUUCAUGAUCUGUGACGCCGGUGGCGGUACCGUCGAUCUUGCCAUCUAUAAGGUCAUUGGUUUACUUUCAAGCCUGGAGAUCGCGGAAAUGUGCGCGCGCUCAGGUGCUAACUGCGGUUCGCUGUUCCUCGACUUCCGAUUCCGCGAGCUUGUGCGGACGCUCUUGGCGGAUCAUCCCGCCCAUUUGAAUGCGGCGUCUCUUGCAUAUUUCAUGCAUACCUUCUCGGAGACGACAAAGAUGGCGUACAACGGGGAAGCAGAUGAUGACAAGAUGUUCUACUUCACGUGCUUCAAUCCCGAGGAUCCACAUGACCCAUCCGUGGGCCUGAUACAUGGUGACCUUGUUAUUCCAGGCGUUCUGCUCCGGCGGGAAGUCUUCGACCCCGUCGUGCAUCAGGUCCUGGGCUUGAUUGAGGAGCAAACAAAGAAGGUCGACCAGCCGCUUCACGCAUUACUUCUCGUUGGUGGAUUUAGUGGCAGCCAAUACCUGUUCGCAAAGGUCAAGGAACGGUUCGCAGCGCCGAUUAGUGUGAUCGAGCGGCCCUCAGACUGUGACACAGCGACGUUGCGCGGCGCCGCACAAUAUGGGUUAGCACGUCGUCCGCUUGUUUCCAGCGUGAUUGCGCCACAUUCCUACAUGAUGAAGGUGAAGCUGCCGGCCGAACCAGAAGACCACCUAAAAAGGCCUGCAUAUAUCCGCACGAAUGACGCCGGGGUGUCCAUCUGUGAAAAUCGGCUGCAAUUCCUCGUUGCAAAGGGUGCAAUUCUCAGGAAAGGGCAGCGCGUGAAGCACAAAUUUUGCAAAUUUUCGCAGAAUGUACCAGACCGCAUGUUCGUUGCCACGCUGUACACCGCGGAUAGCGAUAAGAUCAUGCGCUAUACGGAUGAGGGCGAGACGGAGAAGCUGUGUGACUGGACCGUCGACCUAAGCGUGCUGCCGAGCUUUCAGCAGAACGCCCAGCAGCCGCACGCUAACGGAUUUUAUACCGAGUUCGAGCUCGGCCUAGAGCUGGACAGCGCCGAGGUGCGCGGGAUACUUAUCCAGAAUGGCCAAGAUUGGGGUCACGUCGUAUUCGAUUUCCGGGCUUGAGCGUGCCUGGUACGGACCGUAGCCGUUCUCUUUCAUUCUGCUUUUAGGUGGGAAAGAAGCCUCUUUUUGGUUGCCGCUAUGCAGUCUUUCUUGUUCUCCACGUUCUCGACAGCCGUCUUUCCGACAAUGAUCUUCUCAACAUGUCCGCUCCAUCUCAUCUCUCAUCGGCUUGUGUGCGAUCGUACGAUAUACCACCACAUUCCG